AUGUUUUCUUCAACUUAUCCAUCAUCAUCAUCAUCACUAUCGUCCCGAUCACGAUCAUCUAUAUCCACUAUCCCCCUUCUCAUCACUCUGUUGGCCACCGCACUAUAUGUGACAGGUCUGCCGUACAAUGAAACACUCGACCCUUGGAACAUCAAUAAAAACCAAGAUGCUGGUACCGAUGUUCUAUCUUAUUCCACAAAUCAGAGAACAACGUAUACACCAUCACCGUCCAAUUGGCGUUCACUUCCCACUUACACACUACUUCUUGAUAAAUGGAUCGAUGGUGCACCUGAUAACAACGAUUUUUUUGGCCUCAAGUACGAAUAUGAUAUCAAAGAGACUCAGCUGAGAACAGGUGGAGAUGCACAGGGUCUGAUGGAUGCUCGUGGUCUGGAUUAUUUACAAGCUAUGGGUUAUAAAGCUAUUUAUAUUGCUGGAACCAAUUUUCUAAACAUGCCCUGGCAAUCAGACGGUUAUUCUGCUAUCGACUUCUCCUUGUUGGAUCCUCAUUACGGUACUCUCGACGACUGGGUCAAGCUCAUUGAUGAGAUGCAUCAGAGAGGCAUGUACAUAAUCUUAGAUUUCACCGUUGGAACUAUGGGUGAUUUAAUCGGUUUUGAAGGAUAUCUUAACGUGUCCACUCCAUUUUCGCUUGACGAGCACACGGCACAAUACAAACUUCCUGAUUACGCUCCUUGGGGUUUCCAAGAGUAUCCUGACUUCAAGUACGAGAAUACCUACAACGAAACCUGUACAUACCCCACGUUCUACGAAGACGAUGGUUCAGUGUAUGACCCGGGAAAGACUGGUUGUUAUGCAAGUGAUUUCGAUCAAUACGGAGAUAUCGAAGCUUUCGGUGUUUUCCCCGAUUGGGAACGACAACUUGCAAAAUUCGCUUCCGUUCAAGAUCGUCUUAGAGAAUGGCGUCCUCAGACUAUGGAUAAGAUCAAGCAAUUCAGUUGUUUGACCAUUCAGGCUCUUGACGUUGACGGUAUUCGUAUCGAUAAGGCUACUCAGGUCACAGUAGACGCUCUUGCUGUAUGGUCAAACCACACAAAAGAGUGCGCCGCAGCAGUCGGAAAGAACAACUUCUUCAUUCCUGGUGAAAUCACUGGUGGUGAUUCGUUCGGUGCGGUCUAUAUCGGACGUGGACGAACUUCCACCAACUUACCUCCCGAUUUUGAUUCUGCGGUCAACAUCACUCAAAGCGAGAACCAGUAUUUCUUACGUGAUCAAGGUCAAAUCGCUCUAGACUCAGCCGCUUUCCACUAUUCUAUCUAUCGAUCCCUUUGUCGGUUCUUGGGAAUGGAUGGUAACUUGCAAGUGGCUUACGAUGUGGAUGUCAACUUUAUUACCGCGUGGAAUCAAAUGGUUAGAUCCAACGAGUUCUUGAAUUCCCAAACCAAUGAAUUCGAUCCAAGGCACAUGUACGGUACCGGAAAUCAAGAUGUUUUCCGAUGGCCAGGUCUCACCAACGGUACGGAAAGACAACAACUCGGUCAAUUCGUCACUACUCUUCUGAUGCCCGGUAUACCACUUGGUUGGUACGGUGAGGAGCAAGCUUUCUAUCUUCUCGACAACUCGGCAAGCAAUUAUCUGUAUGGUCGUCAGUCAAUGGUAUCCAAUCAAGCUUGGAAACGUCACGGCUGUUACAAGCUUGGUUCCAGUCAGUACUAUAACAUGCCUUACGACAAAGUGUUGACUGGUUGUGACGAUGAUUGGAACUCCCUCGAUCACUUUGACGCCACCGCUGAACCCUUCCGAGGUAUUAGAAAUAUGAUGUGGUUGAGAACUGCGUUCCCCUCCCUUCAAGACGGGUUCGGUUUGGUGACUAGGGGAAAUUGGACUCAUUUUAUUCAACUUCCGGGUUCCAAUCAAACACAAACCGAGAUUGGUAUGUGGACUGUCACUCGUGCUCCUUUGCCUUCGCAAGAGGGUCAUGGUUCUUUCAACACCAACGGUACACUCGAUCAAGCUGUUUGGCUCAUUUACACCAACGAGAAUGUCACCACCAACUACAAGUAUGAUUGUAAGACCACCAACUGGAUCUCAUCGCCUUACGUUUCCGGCAAUCAAGUUCGAAAUCUUCUCUACCCGUAUGAGACUUAUACACUUGAAGAUUCCCUCGACUCCUUCAACGUGAACAAUGAAGCUCCUUGGAGAGGUUGUCUGCCUGAGAUUACCUUGCAGCCCUUCGAGUACAAGGCCUUGGUACCUAUCGCUGCAUGGAAACAGCAACCGCCUUCAUUGACCAAGUUCUCCCCCGGACACGAUUAUCGAGCUACAUCAGUCAACGGAGGUAGCGUGGACAUUGCUCUUGAAUUUGACACCGAGAUGGACUGUGCCAGUCUCAGAAGCGCUAUGACAGUAAAGGCGUCAACCGGUGGGAACACUGCGACACCAACUCUGACCCAAGGUGACUGCAACACCAUUACCGAUGGCGAAGCUCCUUAUCUCGUCUCUGUUGCUCCUUCUGUCUGGCGAUGGACCGGUCAAAUUCAAAAUGCUGUCGAUGGUAUUUACGAGAUUACAGUAGGCAACGUGACCACCCAACAGAAUGGACUUUCCACCGACUCCACUUCUCAUUUCCUUGUCAGAGUCGGAUCCACUGAAAACCCCAUGAUCUUCCCCGAGGACGGCGAUUACAGUAGUACCCUUUUCAGCACUUCUGGUGAUACAUAUACCCUAAAUCAUUCCGCUCCAGGUGCAGAUAUGUUCCGAUACUCUGCUGAUUUCGGGCAAUCCUGGUCUACGUGGACCAACUAUGAAGCGACCAGUACACUCAAUGCUACUAUGUUCAAGAGCAAGGAUAUCUGGUGGGACGGUGACCACGUUAUAGUACAAUACUACAGUGCCUUGGCUGGUUCCGGUAAUCAUCAAGUCCAUGCCGACGCCAACUGGAAGUCAAACUACAAACGAUACUAUCCUCAAGUUCUCGCUCGAGGUGCAUUCAAUACCUGGGGUUACGAUCUAGGUGCUUCUGCUCAUUUCAAGUUGGAAGGUGAUCACACUUGGCAAAUGCCCAUCAUGGCAGCUUGGCCCUCUUUCAUCCAGCUUAACGUCUGGUCUUACGAUGAUUACUUCUACGGCGACGUUGACGGUGAUGGUAUUAUCGAUAGAUUCCCACCCAAUUCUCAAACGGCAAAUUACCUCAACAUGUCUGUUCCUCCUGCUCCACAUCUUGCCUGGAAUAUCUUCCUCAAUGACAAGACUGGUGAAUGGAGUGUCGAGCCUAUCGGUAAUGAGGUUGUUACUACAGUCGCUUUCGUCCUCCUUCUCGUUAUCCCUGCAAUCACUGCUUUUGCUGCCGCGCUUGCUUUCCGAUACUCUUUCUAUUCCAUCAAGGUCAACAAGUGGGGUAUGAAACCUACCAAAGCGAGCAAAGAAACUUCUUACUUCCCUAUCGUUGGUGGUCACGGAGAGAAAAAGGGCGAACUCAACGAGAAAGGUGGCAUUGUUGCUCUCAACGAGAAAAGCUCAAAAGUACCUCACAAAAUCAUCGGUUGGCCUGAAGAUCAGAACAAGCGACGAAAGGUCUUGAUUGCUACUCUUGAGUACGAGAUUAUUGAUUGGAAACUCAAGGUCAAGAUUGGUGGUCUCGGUGUCAUGUCAACACUAAUGGGUAAAGCAAUGAGUGAUGUCGAUCUGAUCUGGGUAGUCCCGAAAGUGCAGGAUCUCGAAUACCCUCAAGGAGAAUACGCAGAGCCAAUUGAGGUUAUCAUCUUCGGUGAACCGUAUCUUAUCGAGGUUGAAACUCAUCAACUGGACAAUAUCACUUAUGUCAUCCUCGACAGUCCGGUCUUCCGAGCUCAAACUAAAUCUGACCCAUACCCUCAAAGAAUGGACGAUCUGUCCUCCGCCAUUUUCUACUCAACAUGGAACCAAGCUAUCGCCGAAACUAUUCGAAGAUUCCCCAUUGUCGACAUUUAUCACAUCAACGAUUAUCACGGUGCUCUUGCUCCUCUUUAUUUACUACCAAAGGUCAUGCCUGUCUGUCUCUCACUGCAUAAUGCCGAAUUCCAAGGUCUUUGGCCUCUUCGAACAAAAGACGAGAUGAAGGAAGUAUGUGCUGCAUUCAACAUACCCAAAGAAGUAUGUAGUAAAUACGUUCAGUUCGGUAACACCUUCAACUUGCUUCAUGCCGCUGCCAGUUACAUCUCUCAUCACCAAAAAUCCAUCGGUGUAGCCGGUGUCUCCGACAAGUAUGGUAAACGUUCAUGGGCUCGAUACCCCGCACUCUGGACUUUACGAAACAUCGACUCUUUACCAAACCCCGAUCCUACCGAUAUCGCUGCAUUAGACGAGCAACCUCUUGCAGUGGAGAAAAUUCAAAUCGAUAGUGUGGCGGAAUCCAAGCGACCUGAAGACAAGAGACAAGCUCAGGAAUGGGCUGGUCUUAAACAAGAUCCUAACGCUGAUCUGUUUGUGUUUGUCGGUCGAUGGUCCAAGCAAAAAGGUGUCGAUUUAAUCGCGGAUGUUAUGCCAAGUCUUCUUGAUAAGAAACCCAAGAUUCAACUUAUUUGUGUCGGUCCGGUCAUUGACUUGUACGGUCGAUUUGCCGCCGAAAAGCUUGCUCGAUUAAUGGAAAUGUACCCCGAUCGAGUCUACUCGAAACCAGAAUUCACUUCCCUUCCUCCCUACUUGUUCAGUGGUGCCGAUUUCGCUCUUAUCCCAUCUCGAGAUGAGCCAUUCGGUUUGGUAGCUGUCGAAUUUGGUCGAAAAGGUGCUCUUGGUGUUGGUGCCCGUCUCGGUGGUCUCGGUCUCAUGCCUGGUUGGUGGUUCCCUGUCGAAUCUAGUGCUACCGUUCACAUGCUUUCUCAAUUGACCAAAACAAUCAAACUCGCUCUUAAGUCAACAGAUGAAGAGCGUGCUAUGCUUCGAGCAAGAUCUGCCGUCCAACGUUUCCCUGUCGUCGAAUGGCGUCAACGAUUGGAGGAUUUCCAAAAGCGAAGUAUCGGUACUAGUCGACAAGUCGCGGGUGAAAACGCUUGGGGUUACGAUCUUGUCGACGCUUCCGUCGGUGGGUUCUAUGCUCAAGGCGAAAACGGUUCUGCAACCUCGCUCGCUCGAGGAGAAUGGGGUCGAUCCGCCACGCCUGAUUCCACCGCUCCCAACUCACCCAUGCCUGGUCAUUCACCGCUCGCUGGGGGAGACAAUCCUGGCUACUUCGAUCCCAACCUUCCUAUGGCUUCUUCAAACAACGGUCUACUGGGUGCAGGUGGCGCAGGUGCUGCAGGCUAUCACAAACGAUUUGACAAGAAUGCUAAUCGGCAAUCCGCUGAGUCAUUCUACGACGAAGAUCCUAAUGCGUCGCCGUUGUAUUACGAAGACAAACGACGGUCUCAGGCAGGUGGUAAACCCAAAUUCUACGGCUAUGAUGAUGAAGACGCACCGUCUUCUCAAGGUAGUUCAGAUCAUGGGGAUACUACCGUUGUUGGUUCCGCAACUUCCGGCAGAGAUCCUUCCGCUGCGCAAUCCUACGAUAACUUCUUGGCUGCUGCCAAUAAGCAGUUCGCCAAAACUACCGGUGGUCGAAACGCUCCCGAUCCAUACUUCGACAGCAAUCGACAAUCUGUGGACGGCGGUGCCCCUGCUCGACCCUUCACCACCCAUUCCCGCGUAUCAUCAUUUGAUUCUAUCUCUUCCAUUGUUGAUGAAAAGAACGCCUCGCCGCUCAAUAAGGCUAUGGACACGUUUACUGAUUCAGACGGUGAAGUUGCACAAAGCUUUGUUCAAAAACUUCGAGACUUGUCUGCCGAUAACUCCAAGGGAGAUUUGUGUAUCGAGAAAUUCUUGAUAAAGAGUGAAAAAGCUUUCUUCGACGACAUUAAAAAGGAAAAGAUUUCUGCUAUGUCGUUACGGUCAUCUCGAGAUUCAUUCAUCCAAUCUAGAGCACCAAGUAUGAUCGACGGUUUCCGACCAGAGUCCCCUUACUCCAAUUCUGGUCACGGACACGACGAUCACAUGGACCACUACGGCGGUGGAGGUGAAAUGUACGACGAACCCGGACCUCCUGAAACUCAAAUGACUAGACUACAAAUCUUCAUGGGUAGACAGAUUGCUGGUUGGCCACUAUACUCUAUCAUCAUUUCCCUUGGUCAACUAUUAUCUGCUACUUCCUUCCAAUUGAGUUUGCUCGGUGGAUCUAAUGUGCAGAAAGAAGUCGACUUGUACAUCAUCUGUUCCAUCUUCGUUGUCGCUACUUUGGCUUGGUAUACUUUGUUCAGAAUGAAGCCAUCGGUAUGGUGUCUCAGUAUCCCUUGGAUUUGCUUCGCUCUUGCAUUCUUCCUGAUCGGUUUGCCCUCUCUUCACGGCGCUCUCCUUGGCCCACGAGUCACUAUCACCAGAGUCGCUACUUGGCUGUACGCCAUUGCUUCCUCUGCUGGGUUCCUCUUCUUCGGUCUAAACUUUGGUGAAGAAGCCGGUGCUGCCACUGAAGUCUGGGUUACCAGAGCGUGUGUCGUUCAAGGUCUGCAACAGAUCUGGGUAUCCGCUCUAUGGUAUUGGGGUUACACCCUUAAUGGUACCGAUCCCGAUUCGUAUGUCCCAUCAAGGAUUAUCUUGUAUAUCACCUGGCCUUUAGCCGUGGUCUCUGGAGUCUUCGCCUACCUCAUGUGGUUCGGUAUGCCUGAAUACUAUCGACAAAUUCCACCUUACGUACCCAACUUUUUCAAGACAUUGUUACGAAGGAAAUUAGUUAUCUGGUUCUUGGUCUCUGAAAUCCUGCGAAACUACUGGUUAUCUGGUCCUUACGGUAGAAACUGGCAGUAUCUUUGGAAUGCUGCAGAUGUUGCUAGAUGGGCAGUCGUCAUCAUGAUCGGUGUCUUCUUCAUUGGUAUCUGGGGUCUGUUCAUGGGUAUACUUAUCAAAUACUCCAAAGUCCACUCAUGGCUGUUACCUGUCUUCGCCAUCGGUCUCGGUUGUCCAAGGUGGUGCCAGAUGUGGUGGGGUACAUCUGGUAUGGGACUUUAUAUCCCAUGGGGCGGAGUCGCAGGUCCCUACAUCGGUACUUGCCUUUGGCUCUGGUUGGGUGUACUUGACGCCAUUCAAGGUGUUGGUUUGGGUAUGAUCUUGCUCCAAACUUUAUCGCGACUACAUGUUUGUGCCACACUGGCCGGUGCUCAACUAUUGGGCUCUUGUGUUGUCAUGCUUGCUAGAGGAACAUCACCCGAUAAAGUCGGACCAGGAAACGUUUUCCCAGAUUUGGCGAUCUGGGAUCUUUCAACAGGCCGAAAUAAUCCUUUCAUACAUUGGGAAUUCUGGCUCUGUCUAGUGUGUCAAAUCGUAAUCGUGAUAGGAUACGCAUUCUUCUUCAGAAGAGAACAAUUGAGUAAACCUUAG